GGAGCGACUGCCGGGCUGAGGGACUGGCAGGCGGGCGGGCCGAGCGGUGCCGCCAAGGCCGGGCUGGGCCGAGCCGAGGAGCGUCGGGGAUGUAGCGGGCCACCCUGCCCAUGCCACAGCGCCCGGCCGCGGGCGGAGCCGGAGCCGGAGCCUGGGGAGGCGGCGGGGGGCCCGACCGCAGCCCGCGCCUUCCGCGCGGAGCCAGGCCCGCUGCCGUCCCCGCCGCCCAGGCCCCCGGCAUGCAGCUCCGGCUGCGGAGGUGACACUCAGGCCCGAGCCGAUACCGCCGCCAUCUCCACCAUGGAUGAACAGGAGGCACUGAACUCGAUCAUGAAGGAUCUGGUGGCCCUCCAGAUGAGCCGACGUCCCCGUGUGCCUGGAUAUGAGACCAUGAAGAACAAAGACACAGGGCACCCAAAUAGGCAGAAAAAACACAACAGCAGCAGCUCAGCCCUUCUGAACAGCCCCCCAGUAACAACAAGCUCAUGUGCAGGGGCCAGUGAGAAAAAGAAAUUUUUGAGUGACGUCAGAAUCAAGUUUGAGCACAACGGGGAGAGGCGAAUUAUAGCAUUCAGCCGGCCUGUGAGAUAUGAAGAUGUGGAGCACAAGGUGACAACAGUGUUUGGGCAGCCUCUUGAUCUACAUUACAUGAACAAUGAGCUCUCCAUCCUGCUGAAGAACCAAGAUGAUCUUGAUAAAGCAAUUGACAUUCUGGAUAGAAGCUCAAGCAUGAAAAGCCUCAGGAUAUUGCUGCUGUCCCAGGACAGAAACCAUACCAGUUCCUCUCCCCAUUCCGGGUUGUCCAGGCAGGUGCGGAUCAAAGCUUCUCAGUCUGCAGGAGACAUAAAUACCAUCUACCAGCCCCCUGAGCCCAGAAGCAGGCACCUCUCUGUCAGCUCCCAGAAUCCUGGCCGAAGCUCUCCUCCCCCUGGGUAUGUGCCUGAGCGGCAACAGCGCAUUGCCCGGCAGGGGUCCUACACCAGCAUCAACAGUGAGGGGGAGUUCAUCCCAGAGACCAGCGAGCAAUGCAUGCUGGAUCCCCUAAGCAGUGCUGAAAAUUCAUUGUCGGGAAGCUGCCAGUCCUUGGACAGGUCAGCAGACAGCCCAUCCUUCCGGAAAUCAAGAAUGUCCCGAGCUCAGAGCUUCCCAGACAACAGACAGGAGUUCUCGGAUCGGGAAACUCAGCUCUAUGACAAAGGGGUCAAAGGUGGAACCUACCCCCGGCGCUACCAUGUGUCUGUGCACCACAAAGACUACAACGACGGCAGAAGAACAUUUCCACGAAUACGGCGUCAUCAAGGCAACCUGUUCACCCUGGUGCCCUCCAGCCGCUCCUUGAGCACAAAUGGGGAGAACAUGGGUCUAGCAGUGCAAUACCUGGACCCCCGAGGGCGCCUGAGGAGUGCAGACAGUGAAAACGCCCUCUCUGUGCAGGAGAGGAACGUGCCAACCAAGUCUCCCAGUGCCCCCAUCAACUGGCGCCGGGGGAAACUUCUGGGCCAGGGUGCCUUUGGCAGGGUCUAUUUGUGCUAUGAUGUGGACACAGGACGAGAACUUGCUUCCAAGCAGGUCCAAUUUGACCCAGACAGUCCUGAGACAAGCAAGGAGGUUAGUGCUCUGGAGUGUGAGAUCCAGUUGCUGAAAAACUUGCAGCAUGAGCGCAUCGUGCAGUACUAUGGCUGUCUGCGGGACCGUGCCGAGAAGACUCUGACCAUCUUCAUGGAGUACAUGCCAGGGGGCUCAGUGAAAGACCAGUUGAAGGCCUAUGGAGCUCUAACAGAGAGCGUGACUCGGAAGUAUACCCGGCAGAUCCUGGAGGGCAUGUCCUACCUGCACAGCAACAUGAUUGUUCACCGGGACAUCAAAGGAGCCAACAUCCUCCGAGACUCUGCGGGGAAUGUGAAGCUGGGAGACUUCGGGGCCAGCAAGCGCCUGCAGACUAUCUGCAUGUCAGGCACAGGCAUGCGCUCAGUCACUGGCACACCCUACUGGAUGAGCCCUGAGGUGAUCAGCGGUGAGGGCUACGGACGGAAGGCAGACGUGUGGAGCCUGGGCUGCACUGUGGUGGAGAUGUUGACAGAGAAACCACCUUGGGCAGAGUAUGAAGCCAUGGCUGCCAUUUUCAAGAUUGCCACCCAGCCCACCAAUCCUCAGCUGCCCUCCCACAUAUCUGAGCAUGGCCGGGACUUCCUGAGGCGCAUUUUUGUAGAGGCCCGCCAGAGACCUUCUGCCGAGGAACUGCUCACCCACCACUUUGCACAGCUCGUGUACUGAGCUCUCAAGGCCAUCCUGCUGCUGGCUGCCCCUGCUGCAUGGGCACGGGGCUGCUGGGGGGCUCAGCAAAAUUGCUGCUUCUCCCAGGCAAGGCUGAGGACCGUGGAGCUGCAGUCCAGCCAGCAUUUGUGCCUCUCUGCUGUGGGGGCUCAGAGCCAGGGUGGGGUGGCUGCAGCUUCAAGGACUGGGGGCCCUCAGCCCGCCAGACUUGAGAGCUCCAGUGUCCUGAGCUCAGUGUGGAGGAGAAGGGGCUCAGAACAGUGUGAGAGGCGCCACGGGGUCAACCUUUGGGGCAUGGCCUGACACUUCAAUCAACGCCAAAGCCCAGAGGGUCUGGGGGCACAGGAUGGACUGAAUAGUGUUACUUUCAUUCAGAGUGUUAUUUUGUUUCUCCUCCCCUUGUCUGAAGACCACCAGGGCAUCCCAGGGCUGGAUAAGCCCACCCAAGCCUGGGGUAAAGCCCAGCAUCCCAUAGCCAAUGGAAGGCAGAGGCCCAGGCUGUGUUCUCCCUGAAGCCCCCAGGUCAGCUUUGCAGUCCCUGUCUUUACCAAAGAUGAAUGAAGCAAAUGUUAUGCUGCCUUAUUCAGGGAAGGAGGAGCCUAUCCUGCCUGUCCCUGUGACCCUGCCUCCCCAAGCAGGGGCCUGAGAUGUGGAACUACCCCGCCAAGGGGAAGACCCAGUUUUGUCAAUGCAAUUGUCUCUGUUUUACAAGUUGGAGUCACUCUUAUGCUGUACCCAGUUUCUGAACUGGAGACUGUGUGCCCUCUGGGCUCUGAGUACCCCUGCUGGUGGGCUUGAGCCUGAGGCUGGAUUGGAAAGAGCUGAAGGUAGUGGCCUUUGUGCACCUGUUCCCUCACUGGAGCAGAGAGGACAAUGGACAGUGCAGCGAGGGCCUCUGACCCAGCUGGCCUCCCUGAGCCCUGAGCAGGCUGUUUGGGAUGGCUAGGGGAGUUGUAUCAGCCUGUUGGUGAAUCAUAACCCUGCUAGGCCAGAGCCCUUUCUGCCUGGUAGAAGAGAGUGCCCAUGUGAUGCUACCAACUGUCCAAAAUCACCUUCUCUUCCUUAUGGGCCAGCCUUGCCCAUCCCUAUGAGUUGUCAGCCUCUUUCCCUUCUUGCCUCCUCCCCUGGAAGAGGCGUGGCAGCAGGGGUCAGGGAGCCAGUGUCUCCAAGCAGCUUAGAGUUGGCCUUAUUUACCUCAGCCUGGGUGCUGGUCCUUUCUUCCGGCCCCUCCCCUCCAAAAUGUGCCUAUUGCUAGAGCUCCUCCCUCUCAACACCCAGUUUCCUUGGGAGUUGUCAUAAAAGGAAAAAAAAAAAAAUGCCAGUGCCCAGGGAUGGGCAUCUCCAGGGAGCUGGGGAUUAGUGCCAGGCAGCUCAUUGCCAGCCUUGCCCACUUCCCCACAGGCACCAGAACAAGCCAAAGCCUUCGUUGUAUGUUGACGAUGCACUUUUAUGAAUGUAGUUUCUAUCGCUGUUUUUAGCCUUUUCACAUCAUGUAAUGUGAGGCCUUGUACUUGUUAAUUUAUAUCUCAGAUCAUAUUGAUGGUUUUUAUAUAUAUCAAUUCAAGACUGUUACAGGUGAUGGACACCUCAAGAGAGAAAACGAACGCAGCUGGUUUUGCAGGAAUGUGUGUUGCACGGUGCCAGGGCCUGGGCCUGUUUCCAUCCUUUUUCCCCAGGGGCCUCUGUCAGGCACCUCCUGCCACCACCUCGGCUCUUGCCCAUGGUGUGGACCGGCCCCUCAUCUUGACCAAAGCUGCCAGAUGGCAGCUUGGCCUCUCUGUGCCCCCGUCCUGAUGGCUGUAGCACUCUUCUUGGGCCCACACCCCCAUCCCUAGUCCUUUCUGCAAGGGGAAACAGCAUGGUGCCCGGUCUGGCAAAAUGAGACGACUCUGUGUGUCCCAGGUUCAGGCUCUCACAGAGCCCCACACCCCAGGGUCUUACCUCACAGGGAAUGUUUUAAAAAUUAAUUUGCAAACAAGCCAACAAACACUGCACUCCAAGAAAAACCCAAAAGACCCUGAUUUUUUUGUGCCAAAAAACUGUGGAUAUGCUGGGUCAGCAUCCUCAGGACCAAGCUGUUGCUUAAUUUUAAUUUAUUUGUUUGUUUUUUUUAAAUAAUCCAGAUGAGAAGUUGUGGGCCUAGGAUGGCCUGGGUUCUUAAGUGUCUGAAGGGCAGUCUCCUAGCAGGCCCAGGCUUGCUGUGGGAUGAGCCAUGCCACCAUUUGCUCAUCAUUCUGUGGGGUAUGUCAGCCUUGGCCAACCCAACACAGACCAGUCAGCACUCCGCUGCCCUCCUACCCCUUCGCCCCCCACCCCCCGCAGCUCUGUGUCUGAAUUGUGGAUCGUGCAGAAGAACCUGCAGCCAUAGUUAUUUGACUAUAUCUUGACCGAGGGCUUGCAGUGCAAAGCCAGGCCAGUGUCGCGCAUUACUUACAAUAAAAGGGAUCAUUUAUACCUGA